AUGUCUCCUCCGGCCAAUGUGCCUCCUCCUGUGCCUGCUCCUGUGGAAUCCAUGGAGGUGGAUCAGGAGUCAGAUGGUGCAAUGUCAGAUGUGGAGCAUGAUGAGUCUGGAUCAGGCCAAAGCAUUGUGUCAAAUACUACUACUGCUGUUCAGCAGGCGGCUUUGGUGCCUUGUGAAGAGCGUGCUUCACAAGUUGGCGGUGGCCUUCCAUCAUUGCCAGAAGCAGAUGAGAUGGUUGCUCGAAGGAAUGUUGAAGCAUUCAUCAGCAGGAGCUGCACAUAUGUCAAGUACAUUCCGCGUUCGAGGUUGUCGGAGUGCGUGGAACUCAUUUGUCCUGCCUUGGACAGAUGUGUGCGGUAUGAAGACUUCAACAGGAAGAUGAUCACUGCACACAAGAGAAUCAAGGCUGGCCUUGGACCAGGAAGGUUUCAGCAAACUGUGACCAACAGGUUCCCGCUGACCUUGAAUGAUGCAUCGGUGCUGUCUGUAGCAGAGGACUUGGGGUGGUCACCAGCAUGGCUUCAGACUCGCAAGGCCAAGAGCAAGGCAGCAGCAGCAGUUGCUCCACCAGCAUUGCGCACAGCUGAAGCUCCUCGUCCACCACCUGCUCCACGUGGACAAGCAGCUGGGCAGACAGGUCAGCCUGCAAUGCCCAAGACAGGAGCUUUGGCAAAUGCAGUGCAGCGAUUCAGAGGCUUUGUGAUGCCGGCGGGAAAGGCUUCAAGUGUGGCGCCGCAACCUUCAUCAGUUGUGAGUCCAGAAGCAGCUGCAGUUCAGACAGCAAAUGCUGCCACAACUCCAGCUCUCACAGAGUCAGCUGUAGUCCAGCCUCUGACUGGUGAUGAGGCACCUGUCGGUCCUGUGGCAUCACCAGAAGAUGAAGACCUCCCAAACUGUGGGAUUUGCUUACAGCCCCUGAGGCCUCAAGAGGACAAGACAGCUUUGCCUUGCUGUCAUGUCCAUCAUGAUUACUGUUUGCACGAAUGGCGUGAGUGCGCCAACAAGAUGGCACAUGAAUGCCCAUUCCAGUGCCAUGAAAGCACGAUGCUUCAUGAUGUUGAAGCCAUGUCCACAGAUGCUCAAGCUGGACAAUCGUCGUCAUCCUCAGCAGCAGCUCCAGGCGUGUCCUCAGAAGAGAUAUCAUCCAGGGAUGCUGAGGUCUCCCAGUCAAUUUUUGUACCAGCUGACUCUUCCUGA